AUGGUAAUUUGCUUUAUAAACAAAUAUAUCAUUAAAAAAAUUAAAUAUGGCGAAGACGAAAAGAACAAAAUAUACAUCUAUAAAAAGAAUGAUUAGCUCGCAUGAUCAAAGACUAAGUAAUUCUAAUAAAAAUGAAAGUGAAUCUGAAAUAUCAAAAAACGGUUUUAUUCAUAAUAUUCCUCGAGUUUCUUCAUCAUUAUUCUUUCAAUAUAAUAUGUCUUUAGGCCCACCUUAUCAUAUUUUAGUGGAUACAAAUUUUAUUAAUUUUUGUAUAAAAAAUAAAAUAGAUAUUAUAAAGGGAAUGAUGGAUUGUUUAUAUGCAAAAUGCAUUCCAUAUAUUACAGAUUGCGUUAUGGCUGAGCUCGAAAAAUUAGGUAGUAAAUUUAGAAUAGCAUUAAGAAUUGCUCGUGAUCCAUGUUUCGAGAGACUGCCUUGUUCUCAUUCAGGUAAUUAUGCUGAUAAUUGUAUAAUUUCUAGAAUAAUACAAAACAAUUCAUAUAUCGUUGCUACUAAUGAUAAAAACCUUAAGGUCCUUAUACGUAAAAUUCCUGGUGUACCAAUUAUGUAUGUUGGAAAUCAUAAAUUAAAAGUCGAAAGACUAGUAGGUCUUGAUUAAUUUGAUAUAUAUAUUAUGAUUUUUUUAUUAUGUAUUUUUUUU